UCGGUUUUAUUCGUUAAAGUUGUGGAUGAGGAAGGUCGGUAGCUGAUGAGGAAAGAGAAACGCGUGUGGCAACGUCCUAACAUCACACGGGUUUCACGCUGUCUGUGCGGGGAGACGGCUUCCUCAUCGACCCUCCCCCAAUACAACCCUCAUUUACAACCUCCAGCAGCGUGUGUGUGUGAGUGAGAGUGUGUGAGUGAGUGUGCAAGAUCCUGUAACCUCUCAGUAGCGGAACUGCGUUGUCGUUAAAGCUGCGGAUCGCUGUUAGCCCCCACUGCUCCAGCCAUUGUAUCGCUGAAGAGAUCGGACUGAAGGAGGCAGUCAGGAGUAAGGCUGCUCUGGUUUUAGGAGCGUCUGCAGUCAACAAGUUCCUCGUAGCUAUUGGUAUCUCUCAGGAUUCCUUCUAGCCCUGCCUUAAAUGACUGAUAUCGCACACCUACUUCCAACAUUCCUGCACUCAUUUUUUUACGGAUUCUGCAACCCAUUAGGUUUUGUUUCACACAAUGUUGAAGGUUCUAACCAAAAAACUCAGAGCACAAACGUUGAAUGAGAUCCAGCCCUUUCAACUGAAGAUAUCCUACUCGCCAAGAAAUGAGGAUGACAGUGACGAUUCGGAAGGGGAGAAUCAAGAAUUGGCACUGAUUGACCAAGAAAGUCAAAGGAAUUGUCGCUUGUCGUCAUUGUCGCCGAUAUGUCGAGAAAGUCAGAAGCAUCUCUGCAAAGUACGGACUGUAUUUGAUCCACUGGACUGCGAGAGCUCCGAGGAAGAGCUUGAACGCAUCAACAGAGAAUUUGGAGGGGAGAAGCGCAAGUGGUCGCAGGUGAACCGACUCAGUUGCUAUAGCGACAGUGCGUCGUCCAGCGAUGAAGAGGUCAAAGACUUGUGUGGUAUGUCUUUCAAGCCUGUGCCACAAGCCGAUCAGAAAUAUAUCCACAGCAGCCCUGUGCCAUUCAGUGCCACCCCUCCUAAAAGACUCCAUCCCUUGGUCCAGAGGCCAUCCGGACAGAUCAUACUGCAUAGUGUCGGCACCUCAGUUGACCAGGCGACACCCUGCAAACGGCACCGACAGGGCCAAGACUUCAGCAGGCCAAGCCUGGAUUUGGAGAAAAUGCAACAGAAGAUGUUGCUGAAGAAAAGCUGUGAAGCUAAAACAAGAAUUAUUAAAAUUCGAAGCAUCAGUGGCAGCUGCCCCCCACCGCGAUACUUGUACAACCCGUCGAGCUUUACGUUUCGCCCGCUGAGCACCUUGACCCCCGUGAGUUCAAUGGCUCCAGUUGAAGAACCACCAUGUGCCUACUGAAGGAUGUGCUGACCCUUUUCUGCAGAGAGCUGCCUGGGAGGCGAGUUGUGACAGAGGAGCAGGACUGGGACUCCCUCGUGGGCACUGCCAGGCUUGUGCCUGCCUAUUGGAGCAGUCCGUAAGAACUGAUUAUUUUUGACAGAUUAAUGUGAUCAAAAGUAUGAAACUUUAUUGCUAGGAGGGGCUUUGUAACAUUCCUAGGUCUGUGCUGGAGCUAUUAAAGAACAGUGGAUGAUGGACAUUGAAAUUUCUACCCUUGUAUAAAUAGUUAUAUUAAAUAAAGGAACACCUUUGUAUAUA